CUAGAAGUAACAGAAAACGGUACUGUUCAAGAAUAUACAGGGAUGGUAAAUCACACUCACAGAAUUCAACCUUGCGAGAAUUGGGAACGGUCGUCACAGGAAAGAUUGGCGCACCGAAUAUCACUUGUCGACAUCACACCUGGGAGCUAUGAUGUCGUGGAAGAUGUCGAAAGUCGAAAUCUCCCAGAAUCCUAUACCGUGGAGACACACUUCAUCACCGCUCUCAAUCACACCGCCUACUUCGGUAAUGAAACGGAAGACCGCGUUGCCUACGCUAUGCUGUUUAUGCAUUCGGUGAGCCUUCGCUUGCAGCAGCUCGAGCCACCGGCCAGGAUAGGGUUAACCGUAAUUGAAGGAUUGAAGGACAAACAAAACUAUUUACAUAUACAUAACGAUGGACGGGUCAUGGCAGAUCAAACAUUGGAUGCAUUAGGGAAACUUGCGCGCACCAGUGCCGUACACAAUGUGUCUGACAUCCUCUAUAUGGCAGUCAGUGCAGGUCUCGUUAAAAUUAGAAAGGGGAAAAACCAAGGCGGUACUAAUGGAAUGGCAAAUAAGGGAAUGGCCUGCAGAAAUGGCAAUGUUGCCAUUGGUUUGGACCGGCCUGUUACGUUUUCCGGUGUGCAGACGGCCGCUCACGAAAUCGCUCAUUUGUUGGACGCUAAUCACGACGGACAAGGGAAAGCAAAGAAUUGCUCUGUCGAGGAGGGUUAUAUAAUGACUAGCCCACGAAGAAGUGGAAAUAAUAGCUGUGCGUUCUCCAGCUGCAGCAAGAAAGAGAUCGCCGAAUUUUUAAGGCUGAACGAAUCGAGUUGCUUAUUCGAAGACAAUGCAUGUCACGUCAUUUCUCUGCCAAACAAAGCGGCGAACCUUCCGGGAGAUGUGAUGGAUGGGCCAACGUUCUGCAAGGAAUACUACAGGCCGCCCAGGUACAAAAACUCCACUUACAUAAAGCUUGAUGCCGACCUCGAGCAGUGCGUAUUUCGCUGUUUGGUAUACGAUAAUCACAGCAAGACAAAGAUGCAGAAUCGCACGUCCUUUGCAAUAGAUGGCACAGCCUGCUCUGAAUCUGAGCCUCGAAAGAUAUGCCACAACAUGGUCUGCAUUGACCCCAAGUGAAAUAGUGCGACAUCGCUGAAUGAACAAAGGUACAGUUAGCGCUUUGCCACGCAGAUGGUCACUCACUGUGCAAAAUAAAGGUCGUUUUUUU